AUGCAGCGGUGCGGCUGGUGGCUGCUGCUCUGCGCCUUCGGGGUUGGCGCUGCCUGCGGUCGCCGCAACGGGCAAUGUCUGGACGGGAUCACCAUCAACGUGAUCCUGCUGGAGGACGAGGAGUCUCCCUGGAGCCUGAAGUACGUGGAGAGGAAAAUCCUGGAAGCCAUAGAGAAAGACGCAGAAAUUAACGCCGCAGAAGCGUUUGGAUUUAAUCUGACAGCGAACUUUGAAGGAUUCAACACGACCAUCUACCGGCAGGGCGGCUGCUACAGCAGCCCGUGUGAGGCGGUGGAGACGCUGCGAAACCUCAUGGACAAUCAUAAGCUCGGCUGCGCUGUCCUCGGACCGACCUGCACCAUAGCAACGUUCCCGCUAGUGGACGCAGAGAAAGGUUUUGGGCUGAGCACGCCCAUCAUCUCGGCGGGAAGCUUCGGCCCGUCCUGUGACUUCGCCCUCAACCUGCAGCGGGUUCUGCCUCCGGCCCGGAAGAUCUCCCACUUCUUCAGCGCCUUUUGGCAGGAAGACAACAAACUGAAGCCCGUGUGGAAGACGGCCUACAUCUACAAAAAACCCAACAACACGGAGGACUGCUUUUGGUAUAUCAACGCGCUGGAAGCCGACGGCAUCAAAAAUGUUUCAGAGACGGUUCUGCGCGGACCAAAGGAAGUGGAAGCUGUUCUCUCACAAACUAACAGGACGAGCAACCUGUUCAUCAUCUGCGGCUCGGUGUCAGACUUACUGGAGAUGAAGAACGACUCCAGAGGAGCCGACAGCAGCGACUUCCUCUUCAUCCUCAUUGAUCUGUACAAUGAUAUUUACUACAAGAGCCCGUCACGGCCGGAGAUGAGGAACGUUCUGGUGCUGACCAUGCCCAACUCCAGGCGGUACGACAUCAACGCCAACCUGAAGGACAGCGACAUGAUGAACGACUACAUGGCUGCGUAUCACGACUCAGUGCUGCAUAUAGGAAACGUGAUGCGAGAGAUCGCCACUAAAAAUCAGUCAGAGAUUCAACAAAUGGAGUUUGUGAAUGUGAAUUACUUCAGAAAUGUUGUCUUUAACGGAAUUGCAGGAGAAUAUAAGCUAGACGAGUACGGAGACAGAGAUGUGAAUUUUUCCAUCAUGUACACAACAACUGACCUCCAGUAUAAAUGUUUAUUCACCUUUGACACUGAAAACACCAAAACAAAGAUGGAGGACGAAUCUCCGGCCUUCAUCUGGGGGAAGAAGCUUCCCAACUACGAGCCAGAGGAUGACCUGUCGACUGGCCCUCCGAUCCACGACAUCAUUGUGGGCGUCCUGGCUGUCACAGUGGUCGUCGUGGCAACCAUUGCAUUUAUCUUCUACAGACAGAACAGGAAAGACCGGCUCCUCAGGAAGCGCUGGUCACACAUCAACUCUGACCUCAUCUCUCUGCUGGAGGACACUGAACACAACAUAAUCUCCCUGCAGAUAGAAGAAGAAAGGAAGAAGAAAUUCAAGGUCCGCCGAGCGCUUUACGACAAAAAGAUUGUGAUUCUGAAGGAACUGAAAAACUGUGAUGGAAACUUCAACAAAGAGCAGACAAGAGAUCUGAAUGCGCUUCUGCACAUCGACUAUUACAACCUCACAAAGUUUUAUGGCACGGUGCGGUUGGACGAGGGCGUGUUCGGCGUCUUUGAGUACGGAGAGCGGGGGUCACUCCGGUACGUGCUGAACGACAAAGUGUCGUACCCAGAGGACACGUUCAUGGACUGGGAGUUCAAGAUCUCCGUCAUGUACGACAUCGCCAAGGGCAUGUCUUACCUCCACUCCAGCAACAUCCAGGUCCACGGCCGCCUGAAGUCCACCAACUGCGUGGUGGACAACCGCAUGGUGGUGAAGAUCACCGACUUCGGCUGCAACGCCUUCCUCAGCAGCAGCAAAGACCUGUGGACGGCUCCGGAGCACCUGAGGAACCAGGGAACGUCACAGAAAGGAGACGUGUACAGCUUCGCCGUCAUCUCCCAGGAAAUCGUUCUGCGGCGCAGCACCUUCUACUCCAAGUCCUGCUUCGACCGCUCAGAGAAGCUGCACAGGGUGAUGACGUCCUACUUCAGACCCGACCUCGACGUUGAGAUGGCUUCAGAGAAAGAACUAGAGGUUUACAUGAUGAUAAGAAGCUGCUGGGAUGAAGAUCCGGAGAAAAGACCCGACUUUAAGAAAGUGGAGAACUGCCUGGGGAAGAACAUCAGUAAAAUCCACAACCAGGACAACGAGAGCUACAUGGACAACAUGAUCCGGCGGCUGCAGAACUACUCCAGGAACCUGGAGCACCUGGUGGAGGAGAGAACGUCGCUGUACAAAGCCGAGCGGGACCGGGCCGACUUCCUCAACUUCAUGCUGCUUCCUGGGCCGGUGGUGAAGAGCCUGAAGGAGAGCGGCGUGGUGGAGCCAGAGCUGUACGAUGAGGUCACCAUCUACUUCAGCGACAUCGUGGGGUUCACCACGCUGUGCCAGUACAGCACGCCCAUGGAGGUGGUGGACAUGCUCAACGACAUCUACAAGGGCUUCGACAGCAUCCUGGACCACCACGACGUCUACAAGGUGGAGACGAUCGGCGACGCCUACAUGGUCGCCUCCGGCCUGCCGCGGAGGAACGGGAACCGACACGCGGUGGACAUCUGCCGCAUGGCACUGGACAUCCUGUCCUUCAUGGGCACCUUCCAGCUGCGCCAUCUGCCCGGCAUCCCGGUGUGGAUACGCAUCGGCGUUCACUCAGGUCCGUGUGCCGCCGGCGUCGUGGGGAUUAAGAUGCCCAGGUACUGUCUGUUUGGCGACACGGUCAACACGGCGUCGCGGAUGGAGUCUUCAGGACAACCGCUGCGGAUCCAUGUCAGCGAACCCACCAUCCACAUCCUGCAGCGCACCGACUGCAAGUUCCAGUACGAGAUCCGAGGAGAAACGUACCUGAAGGGUAAAGGAAUGGAAACGACUUACUGGCUGACAGGAGAAACCGGGGAAGAUUACGAUCUUCCCACUCCGCCAACAACAGAGAACGUCCAGCGUCUGCAACAGGAUCUCGCCAACAUGAUCCUGACGUGUCUGGAGCGCCGAAGACGAGGGUCGGUGCGGCGGAGGAAGGUGUGUACCGGCGAGGAAGAGGAGGAGGACGAAGAGUCGGAGGUGGAGUCUGAAGGCGGCCAUCUUGAGUAUCUGCAGCUGGCCACCGUGGAAAACACGCUCAGCACCUUCCUGUAGACGAACCGCGUCUCCUCCAGCUUAGAUGGAGGAACAAAGAUGGCGGACGAACUUUGUAAAAUCUUUUAACCCUUUAAGGUUAAUAUUUCUCCUCCGACGUUCUGUUUUAUGAUAAAAUGUUAAAUAUUUUCCUCCUAUUGAGGCCAAACUCCUGCCGCUUUGCACAUUAAUCUCUCCUGUACAUGAUCGGAUCAUUGAGCCUUCUUUAGGAGGAAACGGUUUAAAAAAGCAUCUCAAUCCGAAGAAAUGUUUUAUUUUUGUAGACAACAGUGACAGUCAACAGUAAAUAAUAAUAAUAAAAAUAGAAGUAGCUUCCUGUUGGAAGAUGAAGAGUUGUUCUGAUGAAGUUAAAACAGCCUGUACAGAUUCAUCGGUACAUUUCAUGUGUCACAUUGUUUUAGAAAAUAUUUCACUGCUCUGAUGAAACAAAGUCCAAACGUUUCAGCCAUUUCAGCCUCGUGUUCCUGGAUUUUCACCAGAAUAUUCAAAGUGCAACACUAGGUGGCGCUUUUUGCAUCAGAAGCUGCAUGAAAAGGUGAAGUACAGCAACAGGAAUGAUGCCGACCAUGAAGGGCAUCACAGCAACAGGAGCAUCUCAGUAAACGUUUCAUAACAAUUUCAUUCAAAAAAUACAAACUUGUUUAGAUUUGUUACAAAAAAAACUGUUGAUUCUCGCUCAAAUCAGAAUAUUUUUAAUAAGAAGUGGUUUAGAUUUCUGCCGAAAAUGUUUUUCUUCCACUCAACUUUCCAGGAUUUUGGACAGCCUGCUGGACAUAGACGGACUAACAGAACAUUUCUGUUAUAUUUUUACCUGGUUUGGUGUUCCGUAAUUUCCGGACUAUUGAACACACCUAAGUUUGAAAAGGAAAUAAGAAUAAAAAAUCUAAUAAAUGGUCCCCUCUUUAAUAUUAGCAUUGUGCUUAACUUGAGGUUUUCCUUUGAGUUUUUAAUAAUAUUUUUUCACUUUUUGUGUUUUUGUUCUUUAUUACUAAUAAAAUAACUAAAAAUAGUCUUUUGUAUGUAAACUUCCUGUAGUAAAUUCGCACAUAUAUCCUAAACAAAAAGUUAAUUUACUUUUGAUUAUUUAGUGACUGGCGAUUCUCUGUGCAUUAAAUGUGACUGAAAAUGUUUAAAUGCUAAAACAUUAUGAUUUAAUCAGUUAAAUCAUAAUGUUUGCCAUAAAAGAGCAGAAAUUAACUUUUUUAAACAUAUUAGCCGCAUCGGCGUGUGAAAGAAAGUAUUGUAGUCUGGAAAUUAUGGUAAUAUUCCAAUUUAAAUGAAUUAUCACUUGAACUCUGUGCAACAAAUCCACGAGUCUGACUUUCUGAAUGUAACGGCUUCAGUAGAUUAUUGGUUUAUUGAGAUGCACCGGCUUAAUCCAGAAGGAAGAACAUUCAUGUAAACUAAUCAGAAAACCUGAUGGUCAUUGUUUCAAAUACAAAAUAAUCAAAACUCAUAAAAACCUCAACCACACACAAAAAUAAAAUCCAAACAUUCAAAAUAAACCAAAACAAAGGUGUGCUGUCCACAGCUCAUCAGAAUAAUGUAGAGAAGCAACAAACCCUGUCAGACAUGUUGGGUCGGCUUCCUGCUUUAACUCAAGGCACUGGAUGAUCCGAGUUAAAAAGGCCGGGAGAAACAAAGAUGGCCGCCGCUCUGUUUGAAACAAACCACUACAGACGCACCGACUGGAAAACUUGGGCCGAUAUCUGAUAUAAAUAUUGCUGAUAUUUGCCAAUAGAUAAUCCUCUGCUGCAUCAGCGUCACAUGACCUGAUAAAUAUCAGCCCAGUUUCACUCAUCGGACCGAUACGAUAAAAAAUGACCAACAGACGAUUUUUAUCUACUCCUUAAAGUUUAACUCUUCUAAUAUUUACUGGUUUACUGGAGCUCUGAACUGAUUUACCAACACAGAGACGGUUUUAAAUAUCGAUUGUCUCUAACGGGAUUUUAAUCGGUGGCAUGAAAUCUGUCUCCGGGUUUUUCACAGCGUCCGCCAUCUUGAUUCCAACAGGACAGAACUUCCUGUAGAUUAAAAACGUUUUUAAAAGCGUCUUUUUAAUCAUAUUUACAAAGUGAGCUUUUUGUCGUAGUUCAGGAUUUAACCAUAAACAUACAGCAGCGUAUUAGAACCAUUAGACAGAAAAAGGACGAGUUAAUUUCUGCAAAAAGAAUAUCAGAAAUUUUCAAUUAAAAAAAAACAAGGUAAUCUGUUUAAAAAUCCUAAAAACAUUUUAAUUAACCUCAGAAUUUUUAAGAGGAAAACCCCCAGGAAUUUCUGGGUUUGAAAUAUUCAAUUUGCUAGAAAAAUCUCAGAAAUUUUGAAGUUAUUUCUGAGAUUAAUCUAAGCUUUUUUUCUAAGCCAAAAUUUACUCUUUACUUUUUUUGUACCAACGUCCCCAAUAUGCUGUGUAUUCACCUGUCCAUACACACAUAGUUCCUCCAUGAACUGAGGAGGACCGCCAGGCUGAUCGCUGCUCAUUUGGUCGUUAUGAUUUGGACUUUAAUGCAACUUCAAGUAAACA